GCAAGAGAGAUAUUAGUUACUUAUGCAGGUUUCGAGAAGGAUCCCAUCUGGAGAAGGCGUAGAGAUGCCGGGAAGAACAGAGACGAAUCGGGUCAGACGGAGAAGCCACGGAUCGGGUCUGAGGGUUCGAGUAGCUUGCACGUGCUCAGGACGGCCCGGUUCAACGAAGUGUGCACGGCACGGGUUUGUGGUGCCAAGCGAUGAGAGGCUUAUGCGGAAGGCGAGCGACGGAAGCAGAGAGGUGUUGCGGAGAGCUUUGACGCCUCCUAUCCGGCGGAUGAAUCUCCGGUGGUUGAAUUUUAGGCCAACACCUAGCCGACUCUGUAAAAUGUCUUCUGUUUGAUCAUAAAACUGGGACUCAAAAAUCAAGGCUGAGAGCUUUUUUGUUUGAAUGUAAAUAGAAUUCAAAGCUUUUCUUUUUCUUGUAUUGUUGGAAAUCCAAUAAGAAUCAGACCCAAUU